AUGGCGGCAGCGAGGGCCUCUCUUUCUCAUGCUAUCCCGCGCCCAUCUUCCCCCAGGCCCAACGCCGUUCUGGCGGCGGCGCGCCUUCGAUGGCCCGGUCGGUUGGGUGGCGCAGCGCGAGGAGAUCGGCGGAGGAAGAAAGCUGGCUUCCCCAUUGCUGCCUCCGCCGCGGUUGAGCGUUCGCCGUCGUUGCUGCUAGACGAGGAGAAGGUACGACGGGAGGGAGUGAUCCUCUCUCUGUUAAUUCGACGGAAGGUCGUUCUCUUGGAGGUUUAAUGUUGCGCGUACUGCUCUUCAAACCCUAGGCUCACUCGGGAAUUGAGAUAAUGAAGAAAGCAGUUGCUCCUCAAAUCGAAAUGUUAUCGAUGGUGGAUUUCUAUUCUUUAUUUUUUUAUCCUGAAAUUGGAGGCGAUAGGUCUCUCUCUCUCUCUCUCUCUCUCUCUCUCUCUCUCUCUCUCACACACACACACACACACACGCUUCUCUUCCGUCUCAUGAAUUCACAUUUCCGAGUGCAGAAAGAAUCCUUCCAUUCACAGCUUUUUCUUCAUAAAUCUCCAAACAUCGCCUGUUUCCUCCAAUUCUGAAAGAAUAAUCAGUAUGUGAUAAAAUCCUCUUCACAGAAAAGAGGCCGCACAGAUCAGUAAUUUCCUCUGGCGGUAUUUCUGAGCUCUGUGAAUCCGAAUAACCUUCUGUGUUACGGCUCUCUGUUAAUCGUUGACUUCUUCUCUACAGUUCAAGCAGAUCCUAAACAUUGUUUCUGUGCGGCUCAGGUGGAUGCUCUGCUAGACAGCAUUAAAUGGGAUGAGAAAGGGUUGGCAGUGGCCAUUGCCCAGAACUCGGACACUGGAGCAAUCUUGAUGCAAGGGUUUGUCAACAGGGAGGCCCUGGCGAAGACCAUCACGUCAAGGAAGGCAACGUUUUACAGCCGGUCGAGGUCGUCCCUGUGGACAAAGGGGGAGACCUCCAUGAACUUCAUAAACGUGUGCGAGAUCUUCCUCGACUGUGAUCGCGAUUCUGUGAGUUCCCUUCUCUCGGAUCUAAAUUCUUCGGAAGCUCACCAAUCUUUCUCAUGGAAUUCAGCGCAAUUCUUGCUUCAUUUUUGGAAGCUUAACAGCUCCCAUCUCGUGAAAUUUUCUUAUGUUCUUGCCGAAUUUAUCAAAAAGUCUUACCCGUUCUAGCUCACGGAGCAUCAUCACAUUCAUCUCUUGGUUCUUUCUGGGCUUCGUAUCUCGCAGAUCAUAUACCUUGGGAAGCCUGACGGGCCGACCUGCCACACAGGGUCAGAAACAUGCUAUUUCUCAUCGGCAUCCGAUAUCUUGAGAAAUGGGGAGGUCUGUAAGCUUCCUAGUCAGUCAACCCAUUUUGAGUAAAUGGAAAAAUGGGUUUUUCACCAUUCACUGUUGAGCUUACGUUGACUUUCUUUCAGGCGCACAACCAUGGGUUGGCAUUGACUACUCUUUACUCCCUUGAGGACACCAUUCAUCGACGCAGGGAUGAGAUAGGAAAUGCCACGGAUGGGAAGCCUUCCUGGACGAAGAGGCUGUUACUCGACAAUGAACUCCUGUGCAGCAAAGUCCGGUACGGUUAUCACCAUUUUUACUUCUUUUUUUUUUCUUUUUUUUUUUCUUGAAAACCCAUAAUUGCUGAAUUUAUCAGAACGCCCGACAACUUAGAACAGUAUCGAGAGAAUAUCACUCAAGGGUUGUUCUUCGCAUGGCCACACAAAAAAGGCAGUUCUUUAGGUAUCCACAGGGAGCAUGCGCCUCCUCCCAGAUGUCGCUUAGAUACUACAUUCUGCAUAAGUGAGAAGGCAUAGUCUACCUGUUUCACGCUCGCCAUAUUAUCCCCUUCCUCUCUGGAACGGUGAACAGGGAAGUCCUGAUGAAUUCCCUCCCCCUUCCUCUUCAGUGAAUGACAGGAAACCGAAUGGGAAAACUACCAACUGAUGGUUUUUUUAAUCGAAUCGAAGUAGUGUUAAUGAAUGCUACUUACUUUUUCUGAUCGCUGCUGCUUUCCUCUGCUUUCUCUUUGCAAUCUAAUUACUUCAUCAUUUCGAGCUUAAACUAGGUUACCUAAAUGGUUCUACCAUUAUUUGCUUUUUACCUUCUUUUGGAAAAGUGUGACAUUUAGUUUGUGUGAUAUUUACCUUUUCUGGGCUUCUCAUGAAGCUAUGGUUUCAUGAGCUUUUCGUUCACCGCGAUUUUAUCAGCUGAUUCAUAUGGAAGCGUUUUCUAUAAAACGCGGCGUAAACCCUGCUUCCAUUUUAGUCUUUUUCUUCUAGAUAGAGAGGUGAGAUAGUGAUCAAAGCAUAUAUAUGGGCUGUAAACCUAAAAAGCCCUGGCUGCACUUCUCCACAGGGAAGAAGCCGAGGAGCUGGUGCAGACUCUUCUGGGCAACGAAGAUCGCUCGCGGACUGUCUCUGAGAUGGGGGAUCUCAUGUACCACGCCAUGGUGCUGCUGGCCGUGAAGGGCGUCAAGAUGGAAGAGGUGCUCGAGGCUCUUCGGGAGAGAUUCGCCCAGUCGGGGAUCGAGGAAAAGAGCAGCCGAAAGAAGCCCAAUUGA